GGGUCUUACUCUGUCACACAGGCUGGAGUGCAGCAGCACAAUCUCUGCUCACUGCAACCUCCACCUCUCAGGCUCAAGUGAUCCUCACACCUCAGCCUCCCAAGUAGCUGGGACUACAGCCACGCAUCACUAUGCCCAGCUAAUUUUUGUAUUUUUUGUAGAGACAGGGUUUUGCCAUGUGGCCCAGACUGGUCUCAAACUCCUGAGGUCAAGCAAUCCCCCGAGCCUUGACCUCCCAAAGUGCUGGGAUUACAGGCAUGAGCCACCGCACCCAGCCCACAGCUUUAUUUUUUGCAGUAACCACCUCCCUCUCACAUGGGGAAAUAUGCCACAAAAUAUACCUGAAGGAGGAUAUUUAAUUCUCCAAUUUAAUAUUUUCAAAAUAUUACCCCUAUCACACACUCUUAAGAGAUGAAGCAAACAUAUGGGAUAGUCACCUGACUAUAAAAAUGUUUUUAAAGUCAUAACUGACAGAUAUCAAAACAAAUAUCUUACAAAUAGAAUGAAGUUCUGUCUAGCAAUCUGUGCUUUCACUUUUUAACUUCUAUGAAAGCAUAAACACCAUUAUUUUUACCAUCUCCCAAAAUGGAAUUUAUGAACCUAUAUUCCAUUGAUAUAAUGACUAUUGUGUCUUAAACAUGCGACCCUUUGAAAAUGUUUAUCACUUAUACAUGGAGCAAGUAAACAAGUAUCACUAACUAUAACUAAAACACAACAGCUUUAACAAUUUUUGCUGUUUGCUUUUAAAAAUUUUAUAACUUUAUUUUAUAUGUACACACAUAUAUAUAAAGAGAGAAAAAAAAAUUGAUGGCUGAAUAAAAUGUCCUCACUCUGAAGCCCAACUCAUCAUAUUAUAUAGCAAAUAUGGAGUCAUUAAUUUAUUGAGUUUUUAAAAUUAUACAUAUCAAUAUGUAAAAUAAUUUAAUCCAAUUUAUAAUUCCUUUUGCUCUUGAUAUGUGAGUUUCUUUCUAAUGUUAUAAUGUAUUUCUUUAACAUCUAGUACCAUUAAAUUGAUUCUAAAAUUGGGAGUAUGGUAGUAUGAAUGUGAGUUGUUAUUAGUCAGAAUAGGAGAAUAAAAAUAAAAUUUAGUAAAUUAAAACCUUAGACCUUAGACCUAAGAUUUUAAGGGUUGGAUGAUGUUUAUCCAGGUGUCUCACCUGUGAAAGCUGCCAUUACCAUCAUCUUCUUUCAUCUUUUGCCCUUGCCAUUUUCUGAGACCUCUCCUGCUGUUGACAUAAUCUAGUUAUGAUUUCUGCCCAUGAUAAAAUAGGACAAAUAUGCUCUAUCUUUGGCCACCAAGGCAAAGGUUACUGGACCUCCAAGUAGUGCUAUCUCCUGCUUUUAAUUUCCUAUAGAGAUUCUAGUAAUGUGGCUUCUUUUUUCAGUAAUUAUGACUCAAAAUGUUGACCCAUACUUUAUUACAGUUUUCCCCCUAAAACGUGGUAAACAAACCUCAGAGACAAUUUAAAUUAUUGGAGGUACAAACAUUGCAUACCUUGAAACUCUUAUUCCUUAGUAUACAGAUUUGUAAGUUUCAUGUACCCAUAGUCAAUGGAUUCUGUGCCACCAUUCAGGAUGCACCACCAUCCACCAUUCUGGCUGUACCAUCCCCAACACCCACCCCUACCCAAACAUGCAAUUAAAAAAUGUUCCCUCACUUGGAAGACCAUUUCCCCUCACACACACACACACACACACACACACACAGAGAGAGAGAGAGAGAGAGAGAGAGAGAGAGAGAGGCAGAGAGAAAUGACUUAAGGAUCUGGUUUCCUCCCAAGUAGCUGGGACUACAGCCGGCACCACUACCGGUGAUGCACUUCCUAGGGUUUAGAACUCCUGUCUUCUACAUCUUUCCCCCAGAGACUCAGUCAAUCUAUGCACAUAGUGAGCAAUCAGAAAAUGUUCGUGGAAUAUUGUGGAACGUCAAAAAUCACUCUGGGCUCUGUAACCUCGGCUUUCUGUUAAAGAUGAUGAAUCAUCACAGGAUAAUUUCGGCAUCCAGAGCCCAGACUGCAAUCGGGUUUGCAACUGUCCUUACAAGUAGAUUUCACCAUCUCUGCCCCGAGGAAGCAGAAGGAACGCAAGAAAAUCGACAGCUAUGCCUUCGGCCUCCAGCUUCCAAGUCGGCCAGAUGAUUAUUAAAAACACUGCUCAGUCAAGGGCGUCGCUUCAAAACGCAGUGGAGGCUGGGGCGAGUUGCGGAAUCCAUGCCAUCCCGCACCUUUGUCGCCCGCUCUUCUUCGGCGCAGGGCACACCGGGACACCCCGAGCCCAACCACCGUCACCAAGGCAACCAGCCUGCACGCCGUUGUCUUGGAGACCGGCUGGCGCCUCAGUGAGCCGAGCAGAGGGGCCGCCUCCGCCCGCACCCAGCAUGCUUCGCCGAGGCUAUAAGGCCUCUGAAAGGCGAAGACACUUGAGCGAGAGGCUCAGCUGGCACCAAGACCAGGCGCUGAGUAGCAGCAUCUACCUCCUACGAGAGAUGGGCCCCACUGGCUUCCUGCUGAGGGAGGAGGAGCCGGAAUACAUGGAUUUCCGAGUUUUUCUAGGAAAUCCUCACGUUUGUAACUGUUCCACAUUUCUGAAAGGAGGGGAACUUUGUAAGCAUAUCUGCUGGGUCUUGUUGAAAAAAUUCAAGCUUCCAAGGAACCAUGAAUCUGCUUUACAAUUGGGUCUUGGAGAAAGAGAGAUAAGUGACUUGCUUCGGGGGAUACAUCGAGUUCAAACUCCCCAACCAGGAACAAAUGACGAAAAUGAACAUGUUGAAGAAGAUGGGUACGUUAAACAGAAGGAAAUUGAUUCGGAGGAUAUCUGCUCUAUUUGUCAAGAGCUCCUUUUAGAGAAAAAGCUUCCUGUCACCUUUUGCAGGUUUGGCUGUGGCAAUAGUAUUCAUAUAAAAUGCAUGAAGAUCUUAGCUAAUUAUCAGAGUACAUCAAACACUUCCAUGUUGAAAUGUCCUCUGUGCAGGAAAGAGUUUGCACCAUUAAAACUGAUUUUGGAGGAAUUCAAAAACUCUAGCAAACUUGUAGCUGCAGCAGAAAAAGAGAGACUGGACAAACACCUUGGGAUUCCCUGUAAUAACUGCAAACAGUUUCCAAUUGAGGGGAAGUGUUAUAAGUGUACCGAAUGCAUAGAAUAUCACUUAUGCCAGGAAUGUUUUGAUAGCUGCUGCCAUCUUUCCCACACGUUUACAUUUCGUGAGAAAAGAAACCAAAAAUGGAGAUCACUAGAAAAAAGAGCAGAUGAAGUUGUAAAAUACAUAGAUACUAAAAAUGAGAUAGAAGAAAAGAUGUCACAUUUUCAAGAAAAGCAAGGCCAAGUUUACACACCAAAACACAUUGUAAGAUCACUGCCUCUCCAACUGAUUACUAAGAAUAGUAAGCUGCUUGCUCCAGGCUACCAGUGUCUACUUUGUUUGAAGGCAUUUCAUCUUGGUCAACAUACAAGGUUGCUACCAUGUACUCACAAGUUUCACAGGAAGUGUAUUGACAACUGGUUAUUCCACAAGUGCAAUUCAUGCCCUAUUGAUGGACAAGUUAUAUAUAACCCUUUAACUUGGAAAAAUUCAGCGGUGAAUGGACAAGCACAUCAGUCUGUUUCAAACAGAGACAUCAUUCAUCUAUCAAAGCAGAAAGAACCAGAUCUUUUUAUUCCUGGUACUGGAUUAGUCUUAAAACAAAAUAGACUUGGAAUUUUACCUAGCAUACCUCAGUGUAAUUUUGAUGAAUUGAAUACACCUCAAAGCCCAAAAGAUGCCUAUGAAAAUACAACAAUAGAUAAUCUAUGCUCUAUCAAAUUAGAUAAUUCAAAUUCAAAAAAAUUAACCUAUGAAUAUAAAAUUAGCCAACAUUUUCCCAGGUAUCUUCAAGAUUUACCCACUGUAUCAUUUGGGAAAAUACCAUCUCAAACACUGCUUCCUCCUAUUGUUCAUAAGAAUAUUGUAUGUCCCACUGCAAUGGAAAGUCCAUACAUCAGUGGAAAAUAUCACACUAGUCAAAGCCGGAUGACCAAAGGCUGUAAAUGUAAUAACCACAACCUAAAGAAGACUCCUGCCACUAAAAUAAGAGAGGACAACAAGCGAUCAACUUUACUUCCAGAGGAUUUCAAUCUUAUUGUCAAUUGGAGCACAGCUAAACUUAGUUUGUCUAAAAGGUAUAGUAACUGUAUGGGAGAAAUUACACGAAAAUGUAGUCAUCUAUCAAGACAGCCUGCGUCUCACUCUGUAAAUACAAAAAGUACUGAGCUAUCUUUAAUAAUAGAAGGAGUUCAACUGUGAAAAAGUUUACUAUCUGAAAAUAUUUGAAUGUUGAAUAUAAAAAAAGUUUUAUAUAGAACAUAAAAAGCACACAUAGUCUUGACAAAUGUAUGUAAAAUUCUCUGUUGGGAUUUGCCUACUUACCUAUAAACAGCUCACUACACUUAAAGGAAAUGAUUCUAUUACUUAUAUGACUUACAGCAUUAGGUGUCUUCAUGAAUAUAUUCAGGAUGUUAUAAAUAAUGAAUAAUUUUUAGAGCCUUUAUCUUAUUUUACUCUGAUUUUAGAAAUAUUUUACUUAAAUUAAGGAAAUAUAUUUUUCCUACUUUGAGUCACUGUUUUCAAAUAUUUUUCACGGUAGCACAUAACAUGCAGGGAUUACUCCCCGGUACUUCUGUAUUUUUUGCGUUUUUGUUGUACUAGUAAUUACCACAAACCUAUAAAAAAAAAACCUUAAAAAACUCCAUAAAGGAGUUUUCUUAUACAUAAAAUGAAAAUAAAAUGAAAUACUAUCAGCUAUGUCA